CUGCCAUUAGUAUGCGCAUUAGCAUUAUUUAUUCCCUGCUAAGCUGCUGCUCUGUAAUGCUGGAUUGAGUGCCGUUUCAUUUUGCCCUAUGGUAUUUGAACUCUAGGUAUUUGAUUACAUUUUGAUCAACAAUUUUGGCAUGUGACUAUAGGUGUUUUAUUACAAUUUAUACCAACAAUUAUAUCACUCUUCCAAGCCUGUUGUGAUUCUGAGUGACGCCAGAGCUGGCAACAUCCUUACCGCCCCCAGCCGAUUAUCAUCCGAGUCGUGCUUUCGCCGUGCCUCAACAAUCAUGUCACGUGAUAUCCAAACACGUGACCCUCUCAUUGCCUGAAUCAAAAUUUUCACUUCUGUCCUCCUUGACUAUCCAACAAUGUCAGCUCAAGAAACCGAUGCAGAGAAGAAUAUCGAGAUCUGGAAGGUCAAGAAAUUGAUCAAGUCCUUGGAGGCCGCCCGUGGUAACGGAACCUCCAUGAUCUCCUUGAUUAUCCCACCAAAGGGCCAGAUUUCCAUCCAGCAAAAGAUGUUGACUGAUGAAUACGGUACUGCUUCCAACAUUAAAUCGCGUGUCAACAGAUUGUCUGUGUUGUCAGCCAUCACCUCGACCCAACAGAAAUUGAAGUUGUACAACUCGGUGCCCAAGAAUGGUUUGGUGAUCUACUGUGGUGAAGUGUUGACUGACGAAGGUAAGGAAAAGAAGUUGAACAUCGAUUUCGAGCCAUUCAAGCCCAUCAACACCUCUUUGUACUUGUGUGACAACAAGUUCCACGUGGAAGCAUUGAGCGAAUUGUUGGAAAACGACGACAGAUUCGGAUUCAUCAUCAUGGACGGUAAUGGUGCCUUGUUCGGUGCUGUGUCGGGAAACACCAGAGAAAUCUUGCAUAAGUUCACGGUGGACUUGCCCAAGAAGCACGGAAGAGGUGGUCAGUCCGCCAUGCGUUUCUCCAGAUUGAGAGAAGAAAAGAGACACAACUACGUCAGAAAGGUCGCAGAAGUGGCGGUCCAAAACUUCAUCACCAACGACAAGUGUAACUGUAAGGGUUUGAUUUUGGCUGGUUCUGCCGAUUUCAAGACUGAAUUGUCCAAGUCCGACCUUUUCGACUUGAGAUUACAACAAAAAGUCAUCAAGAUCGUCGAUAUCUCCUACGGUGGUGAGAACGGUUUCAACCAGGCCAUCGAGUUGUCUGCCGAGACUUUGGCCAACGUCAAGUUUGUCCAGGAAAAGAAGUUGUUGAACCAAUACUUCGACGAAAUCUCUCAAGACACUGGUAAGUUCUGUUACGGUAUCGAAGACACCUUGAAGGCAUUGGACCUUGGUGCCUGUGAAAUCUUGAUUGUGUACGAAAACUUGGCUAUCGUCAGAUACACCAUGAAGGACAUCGAAGGGGCCGAAGUCGUGGCCCACGCCAACCCAGACGGAGAAGACAAGUCAUGGCAAUUGGACAAAAAGACCGGUACUGAAAUGGAAAUUGUCAAGGAAGAGCCAUUCUUGGAAUGGUUAGCCGAAAACUACAAGAGCUUCGGUGCUAACUUGGAAUUCGUUACUGACAGAUCAUCUGAAGGUGCUCAAUUCGUCCAAGGUUUCGGUGGUGUUGGUGCCAUGUUGAGAUACAAGGUCAAUUUCGAACAAUUGGCUGAUGAAUCUGAUGAUGACGAGUAUUAUGAUGAUGAUGAAGAUUUCAUUUAGACGAGUUACCGGUGCGUCUAGAGGAUCGGAGCUUAUAGAUGAGGUUAUGGCGUAAUUAGCCAUGAUUCUCGGACUCCUAGACUGUUCCUUUCAAAAUUUUUCUUGGUUCUAUAUUAGUAGGCUGUAUGUUAGUUCGCAGUGUUUGAAUUCUGCAUCAAUAAAUUUGCAAUUUAAUUGAGCAUGAAGCUAGGGAUGUAAAUUGUGGAACGGCAAAG